AUGUCUUCCCAACGGCGCAAUCUGGAAUUGGGCAACGUGCUGGUGGUCGGUGGCUGCGGCUUCCUGGGGUGGCACAUUGUCGAUCACCUGCUGAACUUCCCCUCGGAGACGGAUCCCAGCAGCGCGCUGCCAAAGCCCCAGAACGAUGCGCGCUUCGAGUACCCGACCCUGGGCUCGCGCUACCCCGAAUACAAGGCUACGGUCUCGGUGGUUGACCUGCGCACGACGCACAACCGUCUUCCCGGCGCGACUUAUUACGAUGGCGACAUUACCUCCGUCGAGUCGAUGAUGAAGGUGUUCAACGCUGUCAAGCCGGACCUGGUUAUCCAUACUGCGACCCCGUCUGUCCUUGACGGUAACAAGAAGCUCCUGCACAAGGUCAAUGUGGAGGGAACCCGCACGCUACUACAGGUUGCGGGUGGCGAGCACGGCGACUGGGGCGGCAAGUGCAAGGCGUUCGUCUACACUAGCUCCAGCUCGGUGGUGCACGAUACGCAGAGCGACCUGAAGAACGUCGACGAAGAGUGGCCCCUUAUCCGUGGUCGCCUGCAGAAGGAGUACUACUCUGAGACCAAGGCUGAUGCCGAAGAGAUCGUCCUCAACUACAACCGCCAGUCCCCCACAAACAUGGUGACCUGCGCCAUCCGUCCUGCCGGUAUCUACGGUGAGAAGGACACGACAGUGACAUACAAGAUCCUCGAGCACGGCUCUCAAGCCUCGCAGACCGUCCUGAAGAUGCAGCUCGGCGACAACGACAACCUCUUCGACUUUACCUACGUCGGCAACAUCGCUUACGCACACAUGCUCGCCGGCCACCGACUGCUGGCAACCUACGACCGGUACGAGUCCGGCCAGGGCGGACCCUUGGAGCACGAGCGCGUGGAUGGCGAGGCCUUCAACAUCACCAACGACUCGCCCGUCUACUUCUGGGAUGUGACGCGCGCCAUGUGGGCGCUGAUCGGCCGGAUUGUCGAGCCCGAUCAGGUCUGGGCACUGCCGGAGGGCCUGUUGGAGGUUGUCGGUGGAGUGGCGGAGAGCGUGCUGGGUCUGUUCGGUAAGACGCCGCGUCUGACCCGCCGUGUUGUGCGGUACUCCUGCAUGACACGGUACUUCUCCAUUGAGAAGGCGAAGUACCGUCUCGCGUAUCUGCCUAUCGUUCCCGUGGACGAGGGUAUUGCCCGCGCUGUCGGUUACGUGGUUGAGUCGCAGCGCCAGACGGAGGGUAAGAAGGCGCUGUAA